UCUUCAGAACUUACUAAGUUUUCAAAUAAUGAAAGUACUGAAACUAUGUAUGAUAAUAAACAAAGUAUAUCAGAUACUGGCAAAAAUUUAUCUCACAAUUCUAACUCUAUUUCAGAUGGAUAUAGAUCUUUAUUGAAAGCAAGUGCUAGCAAGUUAGCAACAACUUAUUUAGAUGCUAGCAAAUCAUCAAUGAUCAGAUUUAUUAAUCCAACCUUGGUAUAUAUAAAGCAAGAUUUAUAUAGUGAAAAUCUUCUAUCUUAUAAUUUACUAAAUUUUGAAAUUUUGAAGACAGCUUUUGAUGAUGAAAUUAAUAAAGAGAAUAAAGAGUCUGAAACUUAA